AUGAAGAGGAUGGGCUUCUGGCAUGCUUUGUCGAUAUUUCUCCCUCACAUCCGUACUCAAACAGAGGAGUUCCUGUUCCGCAUCUCCGCCUCUUCCUUUCAUCUAAUCUCUCGCAACCUCACCGCGCUCGCGUCUGAGACAUACGACCGCUACUUGCCUGCUCAUCACCACCGCUGCAAAGCUCAAGUAUGCCCGGCUACCUCGUAUCCGAAUCCACCUCCCGAUAACAAAUCCGACAGACUUGCAUUUCGACAACCGAGAAUGUUACUCCAAUUCCUUGCUAUCCUCGCCGCCGCCAUGGCUCUGGUGAGCACCGAGACUCUUUAA